GUGUGCUGGGCUCCGGCGGCGCGCUCGCGGGCAGGCGAAGUGGCGCGAUGUGGGCCGUGUCCGCGCUCGGCGCCGCGCUCUCCCGGGACCCCGGCCGCCGCGCGCACUCCGCGCUGAGCCGGCUGCGUGGCAUCCUGGAGGGGGAGCUGGACAGCAUCCGCGGGGCCGGCACCUGGAAGAGCGAGCGGGUCAUCACGUCGCGUCAGGGGCCGCGCAUCCGCGUCUCCGGCGUCUCCGGAGAAAUCCUUAACUUCUGUGCCAACAACUACCUGGGCCUGAGCAGCCACCCCGAGGUGAUCCAGGCAGGCUUGCAGACCCUGAAGGAGUUCGGAGCUGGCCUUAGUUCUGUCCGCUUCAUCUGUGGGACCCAGAGCAUCCACAAGGAUCUAGAAAAAAAGAUAGCCCACUUCCACCAGCGCGAGGAUGCCAUUCUUUAUCCCAGCUGUUUUGAUGCCAAUGCCGGCCUCUUUGAGGCCCUGCUGACCGCGGAGGACGCAGUCCUGUCCGAUGAGCUGAACCACGCCUCCAUCAUCGAUGGCAUUCGUCUUUGCAAGGCCCACAAGUUCCGCUACCGCCACCUGGACAUGGCCGACCUAGAGGCCAAGCUGAAGGAGGCUCAGAAGCAUCGACUACGCCUGGUGGCCACUGACGGGGCCUUCUCUAUGGAUGGCGACAUUGCACCCCUGCAGGAGAUCUGCAACCUCGCAUCUCGAUACGAUGCCCUGGUCUUUGUGGACGAAUGCCAUGCCACUGGCUUCCUGGGGCCCACAGGACGGGGCACGGAUGAGCUGCUGGGCGUGAAGGACCAGGUCACCAUCAUCAACUCCACACUGGGGAAGGCGCUGGGCGGAGCAUCAGGGGGCUACACGACGGGGCCUGGGCCCCUGGUGUCCCUGCUCCGGCAGCGGGCCCGGCCCUACCUCUUCUCCAAUAGCCUGCCGCCUGCUGUCGUCGGCUGUGCCUCCAAGGCCUUGGACAUGCUCAUGGAAGACAACUCCAUUGUCCAGUCUAUGGCAGCCAAGACCGAGCGGUUCCGCAGUAAGAUGAAGGCUGCUGGCUUCACCAUCUCGGGAGUCAAUCACCCCAUCUGCCCGGUGAUGCUGGGUGAUGCCCGGCUGGCCUCUGGCAUGGCGGACGACAUGCUAAAGAAAGGCAUCUUUGUCAUCGGGUUCAGCUACCCAGUGGUCCCCAAGGGCAAGGCCCGGAUCCGGGUGCAGAUCUCCGCGGUGCACAGCGAGGAGGACAUCGACCGUUGCGUGGAGGCCUUCGUGGAGGUGGGGCGGCGGCACGGGGCAUUGCCCUGAGCCCGCCCUCCACGUCAGCCCAGGCCGGAGGCUCAGCCCUGUCCGAGUCCUGGGGCCAGGCCGGUGCUUGUGGCCCUGAGUGUGAAACAAACGUGGAAAUUG